AUGGCAUCUCAAGAUAAUCUUGCUGCUGUAUUACAUGCAGUAAAUGAUCUCCGUUUAGAAAAUAUUGCAAUUCCGGUUCCUGGACCUAAUCAGGUUCUCGUUAGAGUUCAUACGGUAGGAAUAUGCGGAAGUGAUGUUCACUAUUGGACACAUGGAGCUAUUGGGAACUUUAUUGUCAAAAAGCCGAUGAUUGUUGGCCAUGAAACGUCUGGAGUUGUAGCUGGACUAGGAGAAAAUGUCAAAAAUUUAAAAAUUGGCGAUCGAAUUGCAAUGGAACCCGGUUUGCCAUGCAAAAACUGCGAACAUUGCAAUAAUAACCGAUACAAUCUUUGUCCAGAAAUGAGGUUCUUUGCCACUCCUCCAAUUCACGGAACCCUUGCUAGAUAUGUGGUUCACGAUGAAGAUUUUUGUUUUAAGCUUCCUGACAACAUCUCAUUUGAAGACGGGGCUCUACUAGAGCCGUUAAGUGUUGCUAUUCAUUCCUGUAAUCGAGGAAAUGUGAAAGCAGGACAGAAGAUUCUCGUUCUUGGAUCGGGUCCAAUCGGCAUUUUGAAUCUUCUCACUGCAAAGGCUUUGGGAGCCGAAAGAGUUGUUAUCACCGACUUGGAAGACACCCGAUUAAUGCUUGCCAAAAAGCUGGGAGCAGAUGCGACGAUUAAUGUUCGAGGAAAAACGGCUCUUGAAGCCCGAGAUUCGAUAGUAGCCGAACUUGAUGGUCAGCCGCACGUGACAAUUGAAUGCACUGGAGCACAAUCGAGCAUUGAAACCGCAAUAUUGACAACUCGAAGCGGUGGUGCAAUUGUGUUGGUAGGACUCGGAGCCGAUCGUGUGGAAAUCCCAAUCAUCGAGGCAGCAACGAGAGAGGUCGAUCUGCGCGGAAUUAUCCGAUAUGUCAACAGCUAUCCGAAAGCGAUUGAAUUGAUCUCUUCUGGAAAAUUGGACCUGUCGGGACUAACGAGGGCUCAUUAUAGUCUGGAACAGACAAUUGAAGCAUUUAAAAGAACGCAAAAAGCGGAUGUAAUUAAAGUUUUUAUCAACUGUUAA